AUGAUUCAUUUAACACAAUCUGCAGAUGUUGCUAAAAUUUUUCGUUUUGUUGACAAUGAAUACAAUCCAAGACUAUUUCCACCAGUCAAUGACUAUUUAACACAUGAACUCCUAAGUCUUGAACAAUGUUUAGAACCGAUUGUGGCUCGAAUCGAUCGGUUAGGUCAAAUCAUUCAAUUAGCUAAAGACAAAUGUCAUUUCCCUUGUGAACACGGUCUCACGCGAGAUGAAUCAGCUGCUAUCUUUCUUUAUACAAUAGAAUGGGAUGGUCGUACUCUCUAUCAUGUAAUCAAUCGAGAUCUUCGUUCAAAAGAGCAGUCAGUUUCGAAGUCUUGGCUUCCCUAUCUGAAAUUAUUCUAUACUGCUUUGAAGAAAUUGCCCAAUGUUCAAAUGAAUGUGUGGCGAAGUAUUCAUGAAGAUAUGAUCAAGGAACUAAACGAAAAUGAUGAAUUUAUCUGGUGGAGUAUUACUUCAUGUUCAUCGUCGAUUGAUGUUAUUAAAGAUUUUAUUGAAGUCAAUUCAAGAUUAUUAAUAAUUGAAACCACAACUGGAAAAGAUAUAUCAAACUAUUCGAAUUCUUCAGAUCAACAUGAGGUUAUUCUUUGUCCAGGUACUCGACUAUGUUUCGUGAAAAAUGUUCAAGAUCUUAUGUCUUCGGUAGACGUACCGUAUUUGAAAGAAUUAACUGAUGAAAAUGAACGAAAAAUAUUGCCUCCUGUUAGAACGAAUGAUUUAACAAACGUUUCACUACCGCAACGGUAUAACAAAUGGUCAAUGUUAUUAUUGAUACACUUUAUUGUACUGAUAUUAGCACUAUUUCUUUUCACUCCUACAGCAAAACCAUUGACUACUUUUGUAUUAUCAAAUAGUACUACACCAUUUUCACAAGCCAUGCAGCGUAUAUUUUCAUUGAUAGAUGGUCUACGUCAAGUAAUGAUUACUGGCAGCCCAUCGAUAAUUCAUGUCCAUGUCGAUGAAGUUGGAAAUAGAUAUGAGGGAGAAUGGAAAGAUGGUAAGAAGCACGGCAAAGGUAAGAUGGAUUAUGCGAAUGGUUACAAAUAUAUUGGCGAUUGGGUUGAAGACGUAGCCACAGGUGAAGGUAUUUUCAUCUGGACCAAUGGUGACCAAUACGAGGGACAAUAUCAAAACGGUCAACGACAUGGAAAAGGUUUGUAUACUUAUGCAAACGGUGACAAGUACAUGGGCGAUUGGUUCGAAGACAAGAAAUCAGGCCAGGGCGUUUUCAUUUGGGGACCAACCAGUGACUGGACCAACAACAAAUAUGAAGGAGAAUUUCACAAUGAUCAGAUGCACGGACAAGGCACAUACUCUUUUGCAAAUGGUGACACAUACAUAGGCGGUUGGGUCAAUAAUCAACAGGAAGGUCAAGGUAUCUUUAAUUUAGCUAGUGGUGAUCGAUUUGAGAUGAACUGUUCAUAA